GAACGUCUUCGUGGGAGGCGGCAGUGUCGUCUUGCCGUACGCCUUUCGGCUUUCGGGCUGGCUUUUCGUUCCGUUGCUACUGGCCGUUGGAGUGCUCAUGGGCUUCACUCUGUGGAUCAUGGGCUUCCUCUUGGAGGCAGUAGAUGCCCGGGCAGAGGAGAUGGGGGUGCCCCGCUCUCAACGUGAUUGGGGCCUUAUUGGCUACGCUGCCUUCGGCAACGUCGGCCGUCUUGUCUUCGCUGGAUGCAUGUUCUUCGACCUCACCGGAGGGGCAUUGGUUUUGGUCAGUAUCGUCAUUGAGCAGCUGCCUUUCCUGCUACCCUUCAGGCACAAUGUGACGGCCGCUCUUUCCUGUAUCUUGGCCUUCAGCUGCUGCCUGCUCCCCAAGAAGUUCUUCUCAGCUAUGGCCGUGCUGGGUAUGUCCUCCCAGGUUCUCUUAAUCUUAGGGCUCGUGAUCACUGGUGUGGAGCUGUCCUCCUUGAACGAGGUUGCGACAGACCAGACGGCUCUGAAAGCAGCAGGGGUGCCAUCUGCCUUUGGCAUUGCCCUGCUCUGCUUCCUGGCACACAGCGAGGCUCCCCUCAUCUACCAGAUGAUGGAGGACCGGAAGCAGUGGACAAAGGCCGUGAUCUACAGCAUGACCCUUACAGAGGCUUUCCUCUUGACCUUUGGAGCGCUGGGCUAUGGCUUCUUUGGUGGAAGCGUUGCGCAGUCCAUUGCAGACAACAUUGGCCGUGAUUUGGAGCUUCAAGUGCUGCCGGGCGGCUUGAAUGUUUUCUUGGGCGCAAUCACGAUCCUCGGCCUCAGCACGAAGCAGCUGGUGACGCUUCCUUUGCUUCUCGAUGCCACCACCGACUUGUUCGGA